CUCUUCGUUGCGUCUCAAGUUCCACGUUCCAAACGCCACCGGUUUCGUCUCUGCCUCAUCCCUCUAUAUCUAUCUUCCCCCCUUCUCCCCAUGGCACAAUAACGAGAGGAAGAAGAGAAGAAGAAGUCUGCGGCAUUAGUUAAAGAAGAAGGAGACAUAAGAGCGAUGGGGAGGAGGACGAGAGACGCGGAGGCGGAGCUGAACCUGCCGCCGGGGUUCCGAUUCCACCCCACCGACGAGGAGCUCGUCGUCCAUUACCUCUGCCGCAAGGCCGCGUGCCAGCGCCUGCCGGUGCCCAUCAUCGCCGAGGUCGAUCUCUACAAGUACGACCCCUGGGAGCUUCCAGAGAAGGCGUUGUUCGGGCAGAGGGAGUGGUACUUCUUCACCCCCAGGGACCGGAAGUACCCCAACGGCUCCCGGCCCAACAGGGCCGCCGGGAGCGGAUACUGGAAAGCCACGGGCGCCGACAAGCCCGUCUCGCCGCCGGGAAGCGGCCGCCCUCUCGCCAUCAAGAAGGCCUUGGUGUUCUACCACGGGAAGGCGCCUCGAGGCCUCAAGACCGACUGGAUCAUGCACGAGUACCGCCUCGCCGACACCAACCGCUCCCCCAACAGGAAGGGCAGCCUAAGGCUAGACGACUGGGUGCUCUGCCGCUUGUACAACAAGAAGAACAGCUGGGAGAAAAAGAUGCAGGCGAAGGAGGAGGCGGCGAUGGAGACGUCGGAGAUCAACGAGGACGCCGGAUCGGAUAGUUUGCGCACACCGGAAUCCGACAUCGAGCACGCCGGAUUCCCGGAGCUGGAUGAUCUGGUGCGACGAGGAUGCCAUCCCUUCCACACCUUGGAAAAGCUCAAGGAGGAGAGCGAUUGGUUCGUGGACUUGAAUCUGGAGGAGUUGCAGAAUCCUUUUGCCGGGAUCGCAUCUCUGCCCGUGGUCGAUGUGGUGAACCAAGAGUGCUGCUUCUUCCCAUCUAUGGGAUCUCCGUAUCUCAAGACCACCCAAAUCAUGCCACCAUUCUGAGCUCCAUCGAUCCGCCGAGAAGACAGAAGCAUCUGUACAUAGUGAAUAGAGUAGGACACAUUAAUCCACUGCUACUGCAGCAUUGGCAUUCAUUAGUCACGUUUGCACUCUGAUGCUAUGUAAUACCACAUGGACAUCAGCUGAGUGAGUGUACAAGGAUUUUUACAGCAGUAGGUAAUGAAGGAGGAGACUUGAUUGAUACCAA